AUGAGUGAAGACGGAGCACACGUAUUCCAUAAGAUCCCAGUGACAAAAGAACAGAUCGUUAACUGUUCUUUCAGUUCAUGGUACCCUAAAUACAAGAAACAUGUACCAAAAGCUCAUAUUAUUAAGCCACUUCCACAGAGUUUUAUAGAUUAUUUGUCAAGUGAUGGGAUAGAAUUACCAGAUGAUGGUCAUUAUGCAGUCAAUGUCGGUGAUGGUGAUAAUGAGUAUAGUGACUGGUCAAGUGAUAGUGAUAAUGAUGAGGGUGAUGAGAGUGCUGAUGAAGAAGAUGAUGGGCAAAAAGUUAGUCAAGGUAAAAAAAAUACAUUUGAACAGUUCAAAGAAGUACAUGAAGAUAUCAAAGAUUAUAUUCGUCAAAAUGGACCUGUUACACCUAAAUUGAACUGGUCAGCUCCAAGAGAUGCAACAUGGAUCCUUACUUCCAAUACAAUGAAAUGUGAAAAUGCAUCAGAUGUCUAUCUAUUGUUAAACUCAUCCAAUUAUAUUACUCAUGAUUUAUCUAGUGGAUUUGCUGGUGUUGAAGAAGAAGAAGAAAAUGAUACUAAAAAAGAAACAGAAUUAGAGUUUGAAUUAGUCUUGAGGAAAUGGUUCAAUAUUAAUCCUGCAUUGGAGUUUAGAUGUUUUGUUAAAAAUAGAAAAAUCAUUGGUGUUACUCAAAGAGAUUUGAAUUAUUAUGAUUAUCUUGAUAGUUUAUCAGAAAAAAUACGGGACUUGAUUGAUGAUUUCUUUGAAGAAGUUCUUAUUGAUAGUUUCCCAGAUGAUAAUUAUGUCUUUGAUGUAUACUUACCAAGACCUUUUGAUAGAGUUUGGUUAAUUGAUAUCAAUCCAUUUGCAAGAAAAACAGAUCCACAAUUAUUCACAUGGCACGAAUUGGCAAUAACUGAAGUUACUGAUGAUUUUGAUUAUGAUUUGAGACUAAUUACAGAAACUAAUAAAGGUAGAUUUGCUGUUAAAGAACAUUCUGAAAAUCAAGUGCCACAAGAUGUUGUUGAUGCUUCUUAUGAUCCGUCAUUGAUGGUUGAAUUGGCCAAAGAAUGGAGAGAACUUCAGUUGAAACAAGAAGAAAAAGAAGAGGAAAAAGAGGAAAAAGAAGAAAAAUAA